AUGUUUACAAAAGCACAGAAUUUUCCGGGUUGUGACAGUGUUUACGAAGGCUACAUCGAAAGGGUUCAUCCUAAAGAAGCACUCAAAGACCUGAAUGAUCUAUCUGAUCCUCCGGCUCCCGAUGCUAUAAGCUCUGAGCGUGCCUCGGAAGAUCCUGUUACUACUGUUUUUCAUGGAUGUUUAAUUGAUCCGGACAGCGAGAUUAAGCACGUGGAAGAUGAGGCAGAGGUUCCUCAUUCGGAAAAACCAGAAUCGGAGACCAUUACCGGAGGCCUCCCGGAGAAGGUCCCCGAGGAUCCCCCUUUGGAGAAAGAAAACCCCAAGGGUUUGUCCGCUGCGGGUGUGUUUCAACAAAAACUCUUUGGGUCUGAACUUGGUCGCUUUAUGGCACCAACCAUCGACUCCUUGGUAGUUAUUCCUAUUCCCAUUCCGUCCGAUACCACAACUAGGAAUGAAGAGCCUUUGGAAACAACAUCUACAGAUAUGGAAAUCCUUGUUGUGAUUCACUUGCUUAUUUAUUACGCAACUACUUUUAUUACAAGAAAAGAGGCCACGAUGCCAACGCUGGUCACUCUUUCUUCUUCACUUCCCCAGUUGCAACAUCCUUUUGCUAUGACAAGUGUUCUCAAGAGCCCUUUUGAGACAGGGGUUGUGUCUGAUGAAGAAGCGUUAGAUAAGGCUCGAUCGUGUUUGAUGGAGGGAAUGCACCUGUUGAAUGAAGUGUAUGCAUGCACAAAGGCACAUACAUAG